AUGGGUCUGGUGGCCAUGCGUUUCGUGUUUAACGUGCCUGUGCGCUGCGACGGGUCCGGCCGGGGGUUGUCUCUCAUAGGCGGAGGGGUCCCCGGGGACCCGACGCACCUGCGUUUGGGACGCACUUGCGGCGAGACGCACCUGCGCUUAGGGCGCACCUGCGUUUGGGACGCACUUGCGUUUGGGACGCACCUGCGUUUGGGACGCACCUGCGGCGAGACGCACCUGCGUUUAGGACGCACCUGCGUAUGGGACGCACUUGCGGUUGGGACGCACUUGCGUUUGGGACGCACUUGCGUUUGGCACGCACCUGCGUUUGGGACGCACCUGCGGCGAGACGCACCUGCGUAUGGGACGCACUUGCGUAUGGGGCGCACUUGCAGUGUGUUCUCUGCAUUUUCACUCUGGUAA